UCUGAUAAAAUUUGUGUGUUUGCUGUUUUUCAGGUUGACCACAAUAGUAAAUACACUGCCUGGUCUUCUGUUAGUACUUUAAUUCAGAAGGAGUUGGUCAUCAAAACUCAUAGCCCAGCCAGAUAUUCCCUGACUGACAAAGGGCUUGAACUGGCACAGAGAUUGGAGGUAGCUGAUCAACUGCUUGAAGGCAAGAAUAAUGUGGUCAGGCACAGUGAUUCUCAUUCUACAGAUGAAGGAUCUGAUGAUGCUAAUAAUGCGGGACUCCAAGCAACUCCAGCCACCGUUUUUCCACAAUACGCAACACUUAGUAUGCCUUCAGAAACACAGCAGCUCUAUGCAGAUCCUGUAGUCAACUCCUACCAUCAUAUGCCUGACUUUACACUGCUUCCAGGACACUUCAAUGUAAUUCUUUGUGUUGACUUCAUUGAAACUACAGGGGGUUCUGCACACAAAAAGCAGGAAUUGGUUUCAGAACUGAAGAGAAAUGGAGUGAAUUUUGAUGUACGCAAGCUCCACAUUGGAGACUUUCUGUGGAUAGCACAGGAGAAAGUCCAUCCUGUACCAGGACAAUUGCGAAUUCCACAGCCUCGGGAGCUGGUGCUAGAUUAUGUUAUCGAAAGGAAAAGAAUGGAUGAUCUUUGUGGAAGUAUUAUAGAUGGCCGCUUUCGAGAGCAAAAAUUUCGUCUUAAGAAUUGUGAUCUGCUUCAUCCGAUAUAUUUAGUUGAAGAUUAUGGGUCAGCACAACACCUAAGUAUUCCAGAAGCGACCCUGCAGCAAGCCAUAGUGAACACGCAGUGGUUGAUGGGUUUCUUUAUCAAGCGUACCAAAGAUGUUCGGGAGUCUGCAGCCUACUUGACUAUAAUGACCCGCUAUCUACAGAACAUGUUUAAGAACAAAACCCUGCUGAGCUGCACUAAAGAGGAAGCCAGUAAAUGUCAUCGUGUCUUGCAACAUGAUGCCCAGAGCUGCAUUCUGAUGGAGUUUAAGGAGUUUAAUGAAGGGGCCAUGAAAAAUAAGGCUCAGACAGUGAAAGAGGUGUUUGCUCGGCAGCUAAUGCAGAUUAGUGGUGUGAGUGGAGAGAAGGCAGCAGCUAUCCUGGAAAGAUAUAACACUCCUACCAGUCUCUUGUCUGCUUAUGAGAACUGUUCUACUGAAGAGAAGGAAAAACUACUGUCAAGCGUGAAAUGUGGGAAGCUUCAGAGGUAUGUGAUACAAAAUGCAGUGCUAUACUUUUUGUUACCACUGUCUUUGUGUAAAACAUUUACUGUAUACUUUAGUCAAAAAAAUACUCCUGAGUAUUUGUUAGAUAUACACAGUUGUGUUCAAAAUAAUAUCAGUGUGUUGAAAAAAGUGAAUAAAGCUCAAAAUCCUUCUAAUAGCUUUUAUUUCCAUACACACAAAUGCAUUGGGAACACUACACAUUCUAUUCCAAAUCAAAACAUGAAGAAAAAUAUAUUAAAUUUGUGUUGUUCCUCUAAAAAAAAUUGA